GUUCCAGCUGGCUCAUCUGUCACGGCUUGGAUAACGACAGGGCACAGGUGGUAAUCUACGUGAUCUCCACGAUCUCCAUCGGGAGAUACAUGGGGGCGAGAAGAGGUGGAAGGACCAGAAAGAGACUACGCCAGAUAUGGCGUAUAUCUACGAGGCAACCAAAGGCAAUAUAUUGCCUCCCAACACGCCAACUAGCGCCACCCAACGUCAGGCGCCUCUCGACCCUGACAGUAUAGAUUUAGCCGACUCCAGGCGCGUCAUUACUAACGCCCUCAUCUCGGUAUACAAACGGAGAUACCUCAGUACGGAACAUAUCAAGUCCGUACAGGAGAUGGCUGCUCAAAACCUGUCCAGAGGACGGGCAGUCUUCGAACGGAAUCCGGCCUGGACGCUCGACCACCAGUCAUCUGGGAGUUUCGACUCCCAGACAAAGAAGGCCUUGACGGAAUCCCCAGCCUCCUGUAUCGUCCUAACGAUCCAUACGGAUCUCGGUGGUCCGCGGCGUCGCAAAGCCCAAAACUAUUCGGAGCCGCAUUUCGCAGUGGUACUGUACGCGCCCAAGCUAAGGCGCGUUUACAGCUUCGAUACAAUUCAAAAGGGUUGCCCUCUUAUCCCGAGGUGCCUCCCGCAAUCCUUUCUUUAUAAGAGGCCAGUACUUUCCCUGCUCUCGCUGCUUAGCGCGUAGUAGGCUAUGGUGGUGGAGAAUUUUCCGAUCUGGGGUAGAUGAUGUAGAUCGGUAACCGCGAUGAAAGCUCCAUUUUCACCUCACAACGAAUGGUGCAGCAUCUGACGUCCAAAGGAAUACUGGUGGUAAACGCCCCGUCGGGCUCACACAGAUCCGUGGGCCUGGUAGAAGUGUUCAACAAGAUCUUGCAACAGGUACUGAAGAAAAC